AUGUCGAACCCAGACCACGAUGCCUGUCAUGGGCCCGAGCCUGAAGUGAGAAAAGUGGAUGAAAGACUUUCAAAGUUAUCUUUGAUUGCAAGAAAUGUUACCCUACGUCUUUCAAGUCAAACGACCACAAGAAGAGGAAAUAUCUCCAGAAAGGUAACAGAAAAAGUACCACAUAAUCCUAAAGAACCAGUUGAGGAUAGCAAAAAGAAGGUUGCAAACGUCAAAACACUGAAUAAAAUCAAGAAUGCUGAUCUGUGUUCGACAAGUGUUGAUCUAACAAGCAUGAGCAAAGAAACCGAAGUAGUGGGUAGUAAAAAUGACUGUUCAGGAAGUUCAAUGCAAAUUGAAAAAGACACACAAAGCUCGCCAAAGGUUAAAACAAGCAUUUCGAGAACAUCUCUUUUAACAGAACAAUUUAAAACAGAGAUAACGUCUCCGGAUGAAAACUCACAACAGAGUAAUAAAUACAGAACUGAAGUGGUGGGAAUCCAAACUGAGUGCUCCGAGUGCCCAAAACAAGUAGAACAGGUCACACGACAAAACUGCAAAAUACAGCCAAAUACUCAAACAAACAAUACGAAAACAUCUCAGUUAGCCGAACAACUGAUUACCGAGAAAGUUUCGCCAAAAAAGUCAAAUGAAACUCAAAAAUGCAAUUCACCAAAACAGACAUCGCCUGCAUCUCGUAAAAUUCCUGGGCAAAUGUCCAGUGGUAAAUCAAGAAUUCCUUUUGGAGCAAUACGAAGAAGAAAGUCCAUGAAAUUAGGUGAACGAUCACUUGUAAGGAGGAAAAGUUUUUUAAAGAAAGGGGAUGGUUUGGCUGCAAGGAAACAGAUUAAUAAAAAAAUAAAGACUAAUGAUACUGAGAGUGGAGAAAUGAUGGAAAGUUAUCCAAAUGAGAAACAACAAACGGAUGACAAGGGAAAGACAUCUUUGCGCAUGCCAGGGAGAAGGGAUAAUACGAAUGGCACAUUUUUAUUAACAAGAAAUAAGAAGUUUCUAAAUAAAGCGCCUGCCUGUGACGGCAGUAAAACGAUGAAGUCGUCCUUUCGUUCAAGAAGACAAUGGAACGAAAAUGGUGCACAGGUGACAUUUAUUUAAGCUUCUCCUUUACUAUAGACGAAUUAAUGCAUUCCACAUACCCAGUUAUCUUUCAAGCCAUCUUUAUUGGAAAUGAAGAAACUGUUGCUUCAUUAUGUUUUCUCAUUCGUUUUUUAGUAACUGGGAAUUUCUUAGUAUUUUCAUAGUUUAUAAUAAAGCGCAUUUGAACCCCCCCCCCCCCCUCAUUAUGAAUUCAAACCGGUUUUCAACCAUUUGCUGCAGUCGAAAGUUUAAUUUUAAGAAAAAAUAAUGUUCAAGAAAGUAAUCAGAAAACCCUUGACUAGCCAUAUUCACAUAAAUAUUAGCCAUGAUGUUAUCCAUAAUUCUCAGUUUAGAGCACGGCCUUGAUUGUCUAUUUUUUAUGCACUCAUAUAUAUAUAUAUAUAUAUAUAUAUAUAUAUAUAUAUAUAUAUAUAUAUAUAUAUAUAUAUAUAUAUAUAUAUAUAUAUAUAUAUAUAUAUAAGCAAUAAUUAUUAACAUGUUUGCUGUUUAGACAUACGAAGCAAUGAUAUUUUCCUCCGUGUUUGCAUUUUCGGAAGAGUUGAGGGAAUCGAGCGAUAUCAUUCAUUCAAAAUUACAGUAAGUGAUAUCCCUACAUCCGUAUGCCUGUCAUUGAGCAAGUAGUAAAAUCGUAUGGCGUUGAACAACUUGUGGCGAUCUUUCUUUGCUUAUGCUACCCUGAAUGUCACGAGAUCGGGCAAGCUGAAAAAUUGCUUGACAACUGCCAACUGAGCUAUGAGGUUGAGAUCAUGUCACCUACUCGCGAACUCACUUGACCUCAUAGCUCAAUUAGUAUAGAGGGGACUGGAAUAACAAUUAUAGCCAGGACUAACAAGCCAGAGCUCGGCGGACAAUAUAGAUGAUAUUGUAUUUCUCCUUCCCAGGGCAUUAUAUGAUUCCACGAAUAAGAUAAAGACAAAUUCUGUUUUUACCAAAAAAUCAAGUGGGCUAACAAAGGAGUGGAGACAAAAUAAUCGCGAACUUCUCGACAGUGGAAGUCAGGUAGGAAUUCAAAGCCCAUAAAUGAUAAAAUCCAGGAAAAAAUUACGAAGACGAUUUGCAAAUGUGAAAUUAAUAUGUUAUGUUAUGGUAUGGCAUAUUAUAUAAAAUUUUCGCUAUUUUUUUAAAAUUUUAUAAAUUUUAAAAUUUUCGAUAUUAAAUUUUUUCCACCAGGGGCUGGUUGUAUAAAAAAUGUGAUUAAAGUUAACUAUGAUUAAGUGCAAACGGCAUCCAAUAAGAAGCGACUAUUUGAGAGUUAAUCACUAUUUAACUACAAAAUAGUGAUUAAAAAAAUGAUUAAGAGUUUGAUACAACCGGCCCCAGGAAGUUAAAUAUUCAAACCCGUUUAUGCAUGAUGACUCGCUCGUUUGAAUUUUUUUUCCCUAUCACAAUACAGCAAAAUUCCAUAAAACUUUGCACAGAAAAUGGCCAAUUGUGCAUCACUUUUAAUGCCUUGAUCAUGCAUGCAGUUUAACAAUAAUCUUUUUAAUUCCAGGAAAUUGCUGGAAUUUUUAGCAACCUGAGGAUAGUGGAAUCAAAUCUUAAGAGUAAGUUAAAGUUGCUAGCAUGUUCAAUUCUUUGUAAGUCAGUUGGAGAACAUGUAGAAAUAUAUACAAAGCGUUUGGGCAUGGUUGUGAUGUAUUCAAUCAACUAAAGCUAAGGUUUCAUAUUUUACAUGUUUUGUUAGCUGUUGAUCAGGCAGUGUCGACUCUACUUAAAGAAAAAUCUAGGAGCAAAGAAAGGAUAAGUGGUUCCACAAAGCCAAAGGUAACCCAGCAUCAAAAUUUAUCAAAUUAAUAUCCUUUAUUCAAAAGAGAAGAACUCUUAUGCCGGUUGCCACCCAUUCACUUAAUUUUACUUAUAAUUUUACUUAACUUUACUGAAAUAAAUGGUUACACAUUAUCAUGGCAGUGCCAGUGACAUGCCAUAUGUGUUUAUACCCAAACAUCCUUGCUCUUUUGUAGGACCGUCAAAUAGUCCAAAAAGGCAUAAAGUAG